AUGAACUCCUCAUCGCACACGCCCUCGUCGUCGGGGCCGCAGCAUCAGCCCGUCGUCGCCGUUCCUCGCCCGCAGGUCAGCAUUGAGCGUCUCCCGGCCCGCCACCAGAACAACGAGCCGCGCGAGUCCAUGAACUGCAAGUCGUGCCGCAAGCGAAAGAUCAAAUGCAACAGGCUGCGCCCGGCGUGCGAGGCCUGCCAGAUCUUCCAGUGCCCGUGCAUCUACGACGCCAUUCCCAAGAAGCGCGGACCCAAGACGGACGUCUUGGAGGCCCUCCUCAAGCGCGUGGAUGGCCUCGAGGCAAAGCUCAAGGACAAGAACCUCGACGACUCUUCGUCCAAGACCAGCGACCAAGCCUCGGACGAAGCCUCGGAGCAAAGACCCGAACCCUUGUCCAAGCCGCCAACAACAGACAGGUCACCUUUAGCGGGAGCCUACUAUUCGACCCCCAGGGGAUCCCCGGCUUCGCCCGUCCACAUAGGCGCCCUCGUCCAUACCUACUUUACUCGCUUCCACGGCAAGCCCUACUACAUUCUCGACGAGUCUUCGGUGCGGCAGCGCAUUCGGCAGAGCCAACUGCCCGACUAUCUUUGCUAUGCCAUAUGCGCCGUUGCCGCCAGACAUACACCGCUGCACCAUGGCCAGCAAGCCGCCGCACAGCUUAGUCGUGACUAUGCAGCUUGUGCGAGGCGCAGUCUGGACACGGACGAGCCGUCGAUUGACGCGCUACAGGCGCUUUUGCUGCUUGUCCUGGCCUUCGUCGCCUCUGGCAAGGGAAAGAAGGCGUAUAUGCUGAUGACCAGCGCCAUCGGCAUGGCCACGGCCCUCGAGUUGAAUCGCGAGGUCGUCGACGCUCAAGCCUGCAUCACGCCUGUCCAGCGGGAGCUGCGCCGUCGGCUCUUUUGGACUUGCUACCUGCUCGACCGUUCUCUGGCCUGCGGCUCCAAACGCCCGUCUUUGAUUCGCGACAAGUCCAUCGCUCUACGCCUGCCCUCGUGGUGUCCAAAUGCCUCCUCGCCCCCAAUCGAUGGCGAAUUCUUCCAGCGUGGCUACAACCUGCAGUAUCUCCAGGGCGGCAAGCAGUCGCAAGGCAGCACCGGCAUGCUCAUCGACAUCGCCCGUAUCCUUGGCAUCACGAACAGGUACUUGGCCGCCGGAGGCGUCAAGGGUGACUCUCAUUUCCCGUGGCACUCGCUGUCGACCCUGUCCAAGAUCCGCCAAGAACUCGACUUCUGGGCAUCUGGCGCAAGCGACGUCUUUUCCACCAGCAUCCAGGCGCUCUUGGGCCACCCGGAGUCGACCAUCCUUAUGCUGAGCAAGCUCAUCUAUCACCUCGUCCACUGCCUCAUCUAUCGCCCCUUUUUGCCUAUCGACCUCGCCGAGCUCGCGGGCACCGGCCAGCACCAGUCGUGGCAGGCUGAUGCCACCAACAUGUGCUUUAUACAUGCCAACUCUAUCGCCGAGCUGGUUGGUUUUGCCCGACAAGCCAGCGCCGUCGAGUGGCCGUCUCUCGUCGGAUACUGCAUCUGCACUGCCGCGACCGUCCACAUCCACGGUGCGCAUUACUCCAAUCCCGCUGCCGGCGGUGAGAUGAACGUCUUCAACUCGUCGGCCGACUUUCUAUCGGCAGAGAUGCAGCAGUUGAGGGACCUUCAGCAUGCGUGGGCCAACGUCGAUCACCAGCGCGAGACGCUGCAGGGCAUCUACAAUGCCCACGGCGAAUUGGUCAAGGCGCUGGGCGGAAGCACGAUGCGAUACACGCCCGCUUUUCACCUCGAGGACUUUUUUGACAGAUACCUCAACAUCGGCGGCCCUGGCGGCAAGUCAUUUCGCUUCGACCCGGCGCACUUGAGUUUAUGGAGUACUGUCGAUGGGUUUAUUGUGGGAUCCUGUGCUGGAGAGGAAUUGCUGGCGUCCUCCAGCAGUGGCGGCGCGGGACGGCCGAGUCUCAAGCGAAAGAACCCGGCGUCUGCGAGCGACGAUCAACGAGAGUCGAGAGCCAGCUGCGCGAGGGAAUCUCAGGAGCCUGUGCUGCCGCCAACUGCGGUGCCCGAGCACACCCCGUACCAACAACGGGUCUCGCAACACCCUGUUGCUUCACCAGUGCUACUGCAGCCCCGCGCCGAAAACACAAUGUCGCCGCAGUUUGCAGGGUCCGCGCGCCACGCCUCUUACAGCGCCUCGGCCGCGACAUCAGGGGCAGCCGCUCCGGGCGUUCAUGCGUCGGCGAGAACAGGCUUUGGCACGUACAACUACGGGUCGGUCUCGAUAUCCAGUGACGCCAGCCAUGCCACCCCAAACGACAGCAGCAACAGCUACGACCCCGUGUUCGGGCCACUGCCGACCAAUGCGUUUUGGCGCGGCGAGGACAGCCAACAACACAACAGCGUAGGCCUGCUGAGUUCGGAGGCAGCAACUCCCAAUGUCGGGAAGAGCAUGGCUGGAGGCAGAGAAACCGCCCAUGCCGAUGACAAAGACCCGUUCCUGAGCCUGCUGGAACAACUCGCCGAGGAAGAGCAGCGUUUCAACACUGGCUCUGGAGCUGAGUUGGAUACCUUUUUGACACCCAGCGGCGGCUCGGGAUAG